CUUGACUACGAGGGAGGUCCUUCUAGCCCAGCCCCAAGUGAUCACUUUACUUCCACUGAGGCAAAUGCUGCUUUCCCAAUUGCAGAAAUCAAACUGGAGACAUACAGUUUUACUCAGCACCCCGUCAUCUCAGACCAAUCCAUAAGGAAUCUGGCCCCAUGGCUACAAUUACCAGUCAGAUCCUUGCAGCUGUGGCUGGUCUGAGAGACACAGUGAAAAUCAAUGCUCAGGCAGCAGCAGUAAUGUUGACCUCAGUCCUGAAAGAGCAGAGGAAUAAUAUAAAAGAAAAGGUGCCAGAGAUCGUGGAUAUUAUUUACUUCCACCUGCAGGCAACACAGGAGGACAGUGCCAGGCAGGCAGCUAUGGGGGCUGUGUGUUUACUAGCUGAGAAGCACACACAAGAAGUAGUCUCAGCCCUACUGAGAGUCUCACUCCCAUGUGACAGCCAUGUCAGUCAGCUAUGGGAAGCCCUUGGCAGAGCCAAAAAGCCUGUCAGCCUCCGGGUGCUUGCUGAGCUGCUAGCGAUGCUAAAAAGAAGACCCUGCCUUGAGACGAGUGAAACCUCUGGGUUGAGCAGUAGCUUUGAGGAUGCCUCUAUUUUGCCUCUAGCUACAUCACGGGCCCUGUGCAUAAUAUUCAGUAACAAAGAAUGCCUGGUGCCUAUGGGUGCUUUUUAUGUAUCUGUGUUAAUCUUCCUGAUUAUUCAUCUGCAUUACCUGGUGAGCUUCCCAGAGGUUGUGUACGGCUGGGAGGACAGGUUCCAAACAUCCAGCUUUGUGAGCUGUACAGUGGAGGCUCUGAAAGCUGUGAUGAAAAGAGAGAAAUACUCUUUGAUGCAAUCUGUAAGUCUGGCAGGAGCCUGGGACCUUUUAUCCAUGCCAGAGACUUAUCUGGAAGGAGUUCUCCUUCUGGCUAGAGCCAUUUUAAAACACCACCGGAGCCUGGAUUUUGCCGUGUUUACCAAAGUGGCCCCUCUCCUGCACCAUGGGGAUGACAAACAGAAGCUGACAGCAAUGGCCUUGUUCACUGGGCUUCUCUCUACUGAGUCCACAUACGUGACAUUAAAAAAGCAAUAUAUUCUGGGCCACCUGAAGAACUGGCAUGUUGAUCCAAGGCCUGCUGUCCGCUGGCUUGCUCUUCUUGGACUUGGAAAUGUUGCACUUCACUUGCAGAAGAAGACAGAGGUCAGAGCCCUACUUAAUGAUGUCCUUGAGACUUUUAAUGACCCAGAUGAGAAGGUAAUUCUGAUGGCUUUUGAGGCUGCUACCAAAAUUGUCAACUGCCACAAACAGAAGGACCAUCUUGACACAGAAUUUGUGAAAAUUGCCGGACAGCUUCACCCAUUCCUGGCUGAUGAAAGGCACAAAAUAAGCUGUGCUGCAGCUAAGCUUUUGGGGGAUCUGCUCAGGGCCCUCAGUGGGAAACAUAAAUCCUUCAUGCAGGAGCAGGUCCUCAACAGUAUGGUCCCACUGCUGCUAAAUCUGCAGCAACAGCAUCCUGAUGUGAUCAAGAGCUGUGCAGACACCUUACAGGAGUGUAAAGCCUUGCUGGGAUGGACUUUAAAUGACAAGAGUGAAUCCUGGGACAGUAUCUGUGAGCACCUGGCUGAGUGGUAUCCAGAAAGACUAUGGAGCUUCUUACACCAGGCUCAAGAGUAUCUCAGAAGCCCGUGUGCUUCUUCAAGAAGAGCUGCCAGCAUAUUCAUAGAUGUCAUAAUCCAGCAUCUGGAAAACAGCCUACUGCAAAAGGAAGCCAUGGAUUUAUUGCAAGGUGGUGCGAGUAUUGCCACUGAGGAGGUGAAGAGAAUAUGCAGCCCUUUCCCAGUACCAUGUGCCAUGGCCUGCUGCUUCCUGUGUUCUUGUGGAUUUGCUGUUCGAUCCUAAAGUCUCUGUCCUUAGCAUCAUCACCAUCGACAUCAGGAUAGAGCAGGAAUCAGUUUUGUGUGCAAUUCUCAAUGAAAAUGAUCUUCUCUUUCUUCCUAGUACUGUAUUUUAUAAUAGUAACAUCCAACAAUUAACAAAGAAGUCAGUGACUGAC